CUUGCUUUCACGAUCACAUAGGCGCAGACGGUUCCUCGAUCGGACGUCAAUUAAUCGAGUUAUGACCAAAAUAAAUAUUCAGUCAGUUUAAAAGUACCAGGUACCAAAACUGUAAUUUUCCAGUCAACACAGUUGACCACAACCUCUUUGGAAGAAUUGCACAUUUAAUCCUCUAACUUCUCGAAUUGCCAAGAAUGGUACCUGAACUAUCCGAUUGUGUCCCAAACUUUCGAGACUCGUAUCUCCCUCAUCCGACGUCCGAAUUCGAUUUCAUCGACACGGGGAUACUCCUGGGAUCGUCAGCUACGCCACCGUACUCCUUUCUUGAAUUAUGGUUGAGUUCGACCACGACGGGAAGUGUCGCUUGGUCAGAGACUCGGAGCGGCCGGAGCUAUCGAGGACUAAGUUCGAUUCGACUGAGGCUAUCACGCCGAACGAAGCCCGAGGCUCGUACCUCAGGUAAGAUUUCACCAUGGCGACCGCCGCUUAGUUUUGCUUCCUGCUUCUCUGCUCUGGUCGCGGCAGUUAUGGCGGCUGAGGUUUUCCAAGAGUUUUAAAGAAUGGCGCCUUUCUCUUGAUAACCACGUCAGAGCCAGUAACGAACCCAGCACGAGGCGGAGAUGGCGCCCGAGAGCUCCCGCAGAACUAAUCGUCUCUAUUGCGCGGCUGUUUGUCGAGAAGUAGGGUUGCUUGGCCGCAAAAGCGUUGUAGCCGUGAGUGAUAAAUACUGACGGUGCACCCGGAAGGAACACACACCGACGAGCAACGCUGACCAGACAAAAGCGACGAGCGGCAGAGUCCGAGCUCUCCGAUUGCUUCGCUAUUUCUAAGCUCUUUUUUUUUCUCUUCUCAACGAACUCUUUACCCACCGUCACAGAAUCCAAGCAACUCACUGACCACGAGCAGUCCUGCAGCUUUUCUCCUUCUCUCGAUCCAACAAGCCUAGCGGACUCGAAAACUAACCUUUCCGAAUGGUUGGGGAAAAUCUCUCUUCGGGGCAACAAAAGCAUGGCACCGGGGAGUGCUGCUUUGGGAAGAGGGUUUCUUGGGGGGGUUUGGGUUUUUAUGCAAUUAGUGAAUUGGGACGGGUUCAUGAGCGCGGGGGGGGGGGGGGGGGUGAUGGAAAAUUUCAAUGAGGGUCGAGCGCCCUCUUGGCCUGUUUCCUUUUUUUUAAUAAUAAUAUUUUAUUAUUAUUCCUAAUCCGUGGUUGCAAUCCUUAGUACGUAACCGUUAAUCCAACCGUUCACGUAUUUGGGUCGAACUUGAACCCAAAAUUCGGGGUGUUACAUUUCCUCCACCCUUAUAAAAAUUUCGCCCCCGAAAUUUGCUUGAAACUCAUUGCUCAUUCUACAGCAUCUUUGUACUCCCUUGCCUCAAGAAUUUACUCUAGCUAAAUGUACUUCGGUGAUGCCCGUUGCUUGUCCAGUGUCCGUUGCUUGUCUCGUAUAGUUUACCUCACUUCUUAUAUUUCCUCUUGACCAUAGAAGGGAUUCUCACCAAGCUCGUUAGCAUCGGCCAGCUUUGGGUGGCUACUUAUCCUUUUUAAUUCCUCGCUUGGGCAUAAGGCGUGACGGGACAACACUUCGAGUCGAUUUAUUGGUCCAGCCCAUUCAGUACUUGUUUUUUUUUAACCUUAUAUUGAAUUCGAGGUGUCACAUUUCCCCCUUCCUUAAGAAAAAUUUCGACCUCGAAAUUUGUUCGUUGUGAUGACCUCAAGUCUCACUUGUGAUAAUCUAUUUGCAAAGAAUUGUACCUCUUUAACUUGUGUGGCCCUGAGCUAUACAUCCUUCCCUUCGAUAUGAUGUGAUUUUAGAAGACUCGUAGUUCAACCAUUUCUCGUAGACAACUUGCCUAGCUAGCUAUUAGCUCGAUACAACUAUGAAAUUCUCCACCCAUAUACGGCUCCGAUGUUGUGGUGCUUUACUCAAACCAUCUUGUGAUCAUCGCGGUUUCUCAAGAUCCCCCCUUACAAUUUCUUAAGCAACAUCGUCUAAUAAUUCACCAGUAUCUUGACCUAUAAUGUUCUCCUUUUCACGAUUGUUGAUGCACACCUUUGAAAUCCAUGGCGUAAACGUUCAUGGUGAGUGUUCGACUUGCUCGGUAAUCCCCAGUUGUCUGAUGCCUCUUACCCCCUUCACAUUGGUCAUUUACUUCGAACGUGUUUAGGGCAUCCGCUAUCUCCACCAUUUGGUACACAAGACGGUAAUACCACUUCGAACCCCAAGAUUACUUAUGACAGCGUGAUUUCCUUUUUGUUCGAUCGUCAAAACUCUUUUAACGUAAACCUGUCUGUGGUUGACCACAUCGGUCACCUAGGUCCUUGUAUCUCCUAACUUUGCAUCUCUUACUUUCUUCCUUUAUGUCUAGCUCGUCUUAUCCUUUAACCAUAAACUGAAUGGUCAUCUCCUCGUUACUUCUUGCUAAACACAGAAACCUCAUACUACUGCUUUUACUGUCUGAUGCAUGAAAUGCAUCCUUUGCAUCUUUCUAUAGCUUGCUAACAACUUUUUAUGACUUCCUUCAAGAGUCAUGAUUUUCCCUUUGGCUUACUUGUUCACUCCUGGCUCCUAACUCAACACUUCUUUAUCGCCUCCUGAAUCUGAAACUAUCGUACUAUCCAUUUUGCUACUCUUAGAUCCUAGCUGAAAUUCCUCGUACGGUUUUCCCGUCCAAUAGAGUCUUACCCAAGAGAUUGAAACCUUUCACCAACAUAGGCGAUCUUGGUUUCACUUUGGGGUAUUCUAGCAGGUUCCCUAAACUCAUAUCCCCUCUUACUUCUUUACUCGUGACUCUUAUUCUUGAUGUUCCUUUCUAAGUUUAGGUGUCCCUUGUUCUCGAUGUAAUCCUCUGGGCUCCUAUAUCCUCCUCUCACUUAUGUACCUUGGGCCUAUAAGGUUUUUCCCUCGACUAUUCUUGACGACCUUGAUUCCACCUUAAAAUCGACUAAAAUUUCUUAAUCGAGUUCCUAUGGAUCACUUGUUCCCCGCUGGUAUUCAACCUAAUGCUUUCUUGUUGUCCGUUUUACUCCUGCUUCUACCCGUCUUAACUAUCUUCCUUGACGCAUACAUCGCCAGGUUGAUGCCAACCAUUUUUUUUCUAUAACUUCCCCUGGUGUUCUUCUUGCUUCUUUACUUUUACUACCACCAAAAUACGACUCUUCUGUUGUUGCUUGUACUAUAUUUGGUCACCAAUCUCUGUUGAGUGCCUUCUCGUUGUUAUUUUAGGUCACAACUUCCAAUUGUGGCUUGCCCUUGGUAACCUUUAACAUAACUCAUUCCAUGUCUCUUUUGUUGAUCGAUCUUGUACAUAAACUUAGUCUCUUAGUUAGGAUUCUUAGUGUCUUAACUAAGCGUGUCUGUUUCAUCCUUAACUAGUUGUCUCCUCUGGAGCCCUCCUACCAUGCCGCGCCCACUCAGAGUGGGGCACCUUGGAUAAGGUAACUUAAUGAUUUCCUCCUCCUUGGAAAUGCUUUUCCUCGUCGUACUCCACAAUGCAUUUUCUUGAACACGAGUCACCUACACAUAUUCUCAAUCCUUCAUCGGAACUUCCAUGUGUUUCCUCGAAUUCUCUGCCGUUCACUAGGACAUUUAUUGAACAUUCCGCGAUUUUCUGAUUCUCCUUGAUCAUGGUAAUUUGCAGGGUCUCUCAACCCCUUCUCAUACCUUGUCCUCUAGCUUGCGCUUGACAGGCAUAUAGCAUGCCUGAUCUGACCUCAACCUGUACAUCAUUUAUCUCUUUGCUUGCCUUGUUCCUUCUAACGGCUUGUCAUCGGCCUAACCCCUAGGGUCGUGUACCCUCUCCUCUAGUGACGUAGUUUAUCUAUAAGGGUUCCUUUAUCGUCCUAUGGAAAUGACCCUGCCUCCUCUUCGCCUUGACUUCUUGACGUCCUUCCAGACCCCCUCUAACCUACUUACUUCCUCAUUUACUUCAUUUAUACUACCCCUAGCUUCUCUUGAAGUCUAAGCUUUCCACUGCUCCUUGUCACUAUGUUGUAAUAGCGUUGACCACUAAAACUAGUUGAGGGACUUCUCGUGGUACCUCUUCGUUUCUUGGCUCGUUGCUUCCUCGCCACUGCUUAGGACCAAAGACCCUAACAUCAUCCCAUUAUCAUAGCUACUGGCAUCUGGUGAUUGUUCCUCUUCCUUUGGAGAUUCAUAUUUCUCCCCUUCGUUUGUCUUAGCUUAUUAUAUCAUCCACUUGUUUCCUAGUAGUAAAAUCCUCGUACUACUCUCUCAACUCCUUCAAAAUCCUUGAGGUAUUCCCUUUCAAUUGGCACCUCUUUGCUGGUGUUUGGAGUUGAAGUCCUCGCACAUUUGAUUCUACCUCCACAGACCUUUACAACGUUCCUCCUUCCUUCUCUAGGUUGAUGAUGAUGAUCUGUCUGCUAACGCCCGAGUAGUUGGUUAACUAAUUGAAAAACUACUAUCAAUCAUGUCGAUGAGAUACUUGAUCUCGAGAGCCUUUGAGAUUCUGCUUGGGUUGGUCACGCUCUUUUCAUCCUUUCUUUCUUACUGGCGAUCACCAUAUGCCUAAAUCUCUCAUUUGACGUCCCACGACGUGUUAACUAAAUCGCGUCCUAGCCUCUUCUUAACCAAUCGCACCCCGGGCUACCAUCCCUUCGUGUCGUGCUGUCAUAGUUAUUUACCUUAAUAUGAUUAGAGUAUACUGGAGAUUCUAUAAACUCUUAAAAGAAGAUCCUUGACUCGUUUUCCUUUCCUUUAAACCAAAAGCCUUUAAAACUGAGACCGAUAUUCCAGUAUUCCUUGGAGACCAAGGAACAGAGGAAGACCGGCUCUGAUACCAAAAUGAAACACCCUAACCCGAACGGGUACUACUUUUACUAAAAUGCCCUUGACGAAUAAAAUACUCAAAUCUUA